CACUGACGUCGUUAUGUUUCCGGGGUUUGUUAGCUCGUGACUCUUCCCGACACAAUCAAAAUCCCGACUAUAUCCAUUUUCCCUUAUACAUAUAUCCUUGCUUUGAUGACUCCAACCAGGUCCAACAUAUUAUAACACACCUAAACUAUACAUACGUAUUUCUUUCUUCCUCUCUCUUCCCCUUCUACUCACCGCUAUACAUAAAACCACACAAUGCCGCCAUGAGUAGAUUAUUUAGGCCGUUGCGGUGCUUGCACGCGCCCAAUGCCUCGAUUAUAAGACGCAAUGGGUUGAGAUCGUGUUACUAUUCGUCACAUGCUACAACCACAGAGAGCCCCUCGUCAACCACAUCACCGUCGGAACAGAAAUGGUCCCAUCCGCCUAGUACCGCGACGGUAACCGACGACGAGAUUGCUGACCUCACCAAUAAACAUCAGCAUCCAUUGAGCCUUGCUGACCUGGUUAGACAUGGCCGACCUCCCCUUUCCGCAGAGGCCCUCUAUUCCUCCGCCAACUUCACCCUCUCACUCCUCCCAAUCCGACUAGCCCACCGGAUCCAAGCACUACGCAACCUCCCCUUCAUCGUAGUCUCAAACCCGAACAUUUCCAAGAUCUACCACAACUACCUACACUCCCUCUCCACCCUCCUCCCGUGGAAACACCGCACAAUCGCCAACCUUGACGCCGAAAUCCGGUUCACCUCCGUCCUAGCAGAACUCGUGCACACGCACCAAGACACGAUCCCAAUCCUAGCCAAAGGCUUCCUAGAAUGCCGGCGCUACAUCUCGCCACAAGAAGUAACCCACUUCCUAGACACCCACCUCCGAACCCGCAUCGGCACACGUCUAAUCGCCGAGCAACACAUAGCACUACACUACAGCAGCCUCCCACACUUCGACCCCUCCGCCUCCCCAACGCCCUGUCCCGAACACCCAUCCUACAUCGGCGUAAUCGACACCGCGCUCUCCCCCUCCGCAGUCGUAGACUCAUGCGCCGGCUUCGUAGCCGAUAUCUGCGAAUUAAAAUACGGGGUUCGCCCACACUGGAUCAUAGACGGUGAACCAGACACCACAUUCGCCUUCGUACCCAUGCAUUUAGAAUACAUCGUAACCGAGCUUCUAAAAAACGCAUUCCGAGCCACCGUCGAAAACGGGCGGAAUCGUGAACCGGUCGUUAUAACCAUAGCCCCGGAACCACCGGAUGCAGGACCGCCGAGAGUUACGCUGGACCCGCCGGCGGGGGAUAAAGGCGCGUUUAAGAGCGAUGCGAUUAAACCCCUCGAUGACAAUGCACCGGGGGUAACGAUUCGGAUUCGGGAUCGUGGGGGCGGGAUUGCGCCGGAAGUAUUGCCGAAUAUUUGGAGUUAUAGCUUUACUACAUUCAGCGAGGAGGAAGAUAUCCCGACGAACGGUGGUGGAGGAAAUGGUGCUAGCGGUGGGGGUACGGAUGCGCUGAAUGUUAUAUCGGCAGCGGGCGGUGGUGGAAGUUCGAUUGCGGGCUUGGGGUAUGGAUUACCGCUUAGUCGCGCCUAUGCUGAGUAUUUCGGCGGUGGAAUCGCGGUGCAGAGUUUAUAUGGCUGGGGUACGGAUGUGUAUCUCCGGCUCAAGGGCGUGGGUAAGAUUGAUGAUGCGAUAGUUGGGUGAGCUUAUGUCCAUGAUGUCUGCGUAACCUGGCGUGGAAUAGGAGAGUCUAGCAUGUGUUCUUACCUAGGUAUCAACAGUGAUUUUUUAUGAUAACGAAAGCUGGGCGUGCAUAUGCAUGGAUAGGUAAACGCAUGAUUCGAUGGCUGUAUAUAGGAAAGGUUUUAUAUAUCAAAUUACUUCUACUCCAUGUGCUUCUGCAUAUUAGUGAGGAACGAUAUCGUUGAUGCUGAGCUGUUCAGAGAGGUUAAAGAUAACGAAAUGUACAUAUAAAUACACGCCUCUAAGAGGAAACAUUACCAGACAUAAACGAAGCGAGCACAUUUUAUAGCGCGUAUCUUAUUCGUAUACGAAGCUUAAUUAUUAAUUUUAAUUUUUGGUAUUAGUACCUAGUAGUAACGCUCACAAUCCAUAGUAAAGAAAGAGCCGUAAGUGAUGUAUAUGCGACGGUAUGCAAGUGACGUUGUAAAUAAGAUAUCCGAGAACCACCAUAUCCUAUAUCCAAGAUAGAUAACAUUUAAACGGAAAGGGAAAAAAAGCAAAAUACGGUUGCA